GUCCCUCUGUAGACAUCUUUCUUCUGUUUCUUGUUUUCCACCCGAGAGCCAGCGGGUGGUGCGAAUUUCCGCUUCCGGUGGCGUCCAUGUGGAGCUGAGGAGUAGCAGUUGUGAACCCGGUAACCGCCGCGGGUUCGGGUCGACGAGUUUGAGGGCUCUGGGUCUCUGGGAGGAUACUGAGUCGAGAUCGUGUUAUUUGUGAGUUGAUAAAUAGCCACUAUGGAGUCCAAGGAUCAGAAGAAACACAGAAAGAAACACAGUGGGCCCAAAGCUGAGAAGAAAAAGAAACGACAUCUGCAGGAUCUUCAACUUGGAGAUGAAGAUGAUGCCCGGAAGAGAAACCCCAAAGCUUUUGCAGUUCAGUCUGCUGUGCGGAUGGCUAGAUCCUUUCACAGGACUCAGGAUUUAAAGACCAAAAAGCAUCACAUUCCAGUGGUUGAUCGAACUCCACUAGAGCCCCCACCAAUAGUGGUAGUGGUGAUGGGACCUCCAAAAGUUGGAAAGAGCACUUUGAUUCAGUGCCUCAUUCGGAAUUUUACCAGGCAAAAGUUGACUGAAAUCAGAGGCCCUGUAACGAUUGUGUCAGGUAAAAAACGCAGACUCACCAUUAUUGAAUGUGGGUGUGACAUUAACAUGAUGAUUGAUCUGGCCAAAGUAGCGGAUCUGGUCCUCAUGCUUAUAGAUGCCAGCUUUGGGUUUGAAAUGGAAACAUUUGAGUUUCUGAACAUCUGUCAAGUACAUGGCUUUCCUAAAAUUAUGGGAGUUCUUACCCACUUAGACUCCUUCAAGCAUAAUAAGCAACUGAAGAAGACAAAGAAGCGAUUAAAACACAGAUUCUGGACAGAAGUCUACCCGGGUGCGAAACUGUUCUAUCUUUCUGGAAUGGUACAUGGAGAAUACCAGAACCAAGAGAUUCACAAUCUGGGCCGUUUUAUUACAGUUAUGAAGUUUAGGCCUCUCACAUGGCAAACUUCUCAUCCUUAUAUCUUGGCAGACAGGAUGGAAGAUUUAACAAACCCUGAAGAUAUCCGAACAAACAUCAAAUGUGACCGAAAGGUGUCUCUUUAUGGUUAUUUACGAGGAGCACACUUGAAAAAUAAAAGCCAAGUUCACAUGCCAGGUGUAGGAGAUUUUGCUGUGAGUGAUGUCAGUUUCCUCCCAGAUCCCUGUGCUCUUCCUGAACAGCAGAAGAAGCGCUGUUUAAAUGAAAAGGAGAAGCUGGUUUAUGCACCUCUUUCUGGAGUUGGGGGUGUGCUAUAUGACAAAGAUGCUGUCUAUGUUGACCUUGGUGGCAGCCAUGGUUUUCAAGCAUUGGAGGAGGCAGGACCCACCAGUGAAUUGGUUCAAAGUCUUAUCACCACACAUUCCACUAUUGAUGCCAAGAUGGCUUUAAGCAAAGUGACACUUUUUUCUGAUUCUAAACCUCUGGGGUCAGAGGAAAUAGAUAAACAAGGGCUGUGGAUGCCAAAAGAGGAAAAGCAAAUGGAUUUGAAGACUGGUCGAGUGCGUCGCAAAGCUGUUUUUGGAGAUAAAGAAGAUGAGUCUGGAGAUAGUGAUGAUGAAGAUGAUGAAAUGUCUGAAAGUGACAGGUCAGAGAAUGGCUCUGGUGAUAGUGAAACAGAAGAGGAGAAAGAUGAUACUGAAAUGACUAAGUACAUGACUAUUAAGGGUAUCAAAAGGCAGAAACUUGAGCAGGAGGAAGACAGUGAGGUGGAUUUGCCAGCAUUUGCUGAUAGUGAUGAUGACCUCGAGAGGAGCUCAGGGGAAGAAGGGGAAGCAGAGGAAGCUGAUGAAAGCAGUGAAGAAGACUCUUCUGCAGAAGAAGAGAGAGAUGUUUUAGAAUCGAAGGCUGUUGGAGAAGGUGGUGAAGCAAGACUAUUGCCAGAUACUCAUUGCAAUGACCAUUUGACUCUAGAGAAGUCUUCACCAAUUAAAAAAGCAGCCCUCACCACUUCUGAUUCUGGUCAUUGCACAGCUGAAGAGGCCUUUCCUUCUGAAGAUGUAUCUGAAGAAAGCUCCUUACUCAGUUCAGAGGAGGAAAACCCAGAAAAUGGAGGGGCUGUUAGGGAAAAGCUUGGAAAACCUUUGCAAGUGGGCAGUGGGCAGAAACUGGAGUCUGAGAACAUAAUUGAUGAGACCAGUGAUAUUGAAGAUUUACUUAAAGAGGAUGAUGAUUACAAGGAAGAAAAUAACUAUUCCAUUGAAACAUCAGGUGCCCUAAAGUGGAAGGAAGACCUUUCCAGGAAGGCAGCAGAGGCCUUUCUAAGGCAGCAACAAGCAACACCAAACCUUCGAAAACUUAUUUAUGGGGCAGUAACACAGGAUAAUGAAGUUGAAGAUACCCGAGAAGAGCUUGGAGGGUUGUUUCGUGUCAGCCAGCCUGACAGAGGGUGUAAACAUAAAGCUGAUUCUUUGGACUGUUCCAAAUUUCUUGUGGAGGCACCCCAUGAUUGGGAUUUAGAGGAGGUAAUGAACAGUAUUAAAGAUUGCUUUGUGACCGGGAAGUGGGAAGAGGAUAAAGAUGCAGCCAAGAUAUUAGCAGAUGAUGAGGAGCUCUAUGGUGACUUUGAAGACCUAGAAACAGGGGACGUUCAUAAGGGAAAACCAAGCCUGGAUACUCAGGUUGAAGAUGUAGAAGAAGACGUUAAGGAAGAAACUGACCCCAACACAGAGGAAAAUGCCAAGAAAAAGCACUUGGAUAAAAAGAGAAAAUUGAAGGAAAUGUUUGAUGCAGAAUAUGAUGAAGGAGAAAGCACAUAUUUUGAUGAUCUUAAAGGAGAAAUGCAGAAACAAGCACAGCUUAACCGAGCAGAAUUUGAAGAUCAAGAUGACGAAGCCAGAGUUCAAUAUGAGGGUUUUCGACCUGGGAUGUAUGUUCGAAUUGAGAUUGAAAAUGUCCCCUGUGAAUUUGUGCUGAACUUUGACCCCCACUAUCCAAUGAUUCUAGGUGGUUUAGGCAACAGUGAGGGCAAUGUGGGAUAUGUGCAGAUGCGACUGAAGAAGCAUCGUUGGUAUAAGAAAAUCCUCAAGUCCCGAGAUCCAAUCAUUUUUUCUGUAGGGUGGAGGAGGUUUCAGACCAUUCCACUCUAUUAUAUUGAAGACCACAAUGGAAGACAAAGGCUUCUAAAAUACACCCCACAGCACAUGCAUUGUGGAGCAUCCUUUUGGGGUCCUAUCACUCCACAGGGAACUGGAUUCUUGGCAAUACAGUCUGUUAGUGGCACAAUGCCUGAUUUCCGGAUAGCUGCCACAGGAGUUGUCCUUGAUCUAGAUAAGUCCAUUAAAAUUGUGAAGAAGUUAAAGCUGACUGGUUUUCCAUAUAAAAUUUUCAAGAACACUUCAUUUAUUAAGGGAAUGUUUAAUUCUGCCUUAGAAGUGGCCAAAUUUGAAGGUGCUGUGAUUCGAACUGUCAGUGGAAUAAGGGGGCAGAUCAAGAAAGCACUCAGGGCUCCAGAAGGAGCUUUCCGGGCUAGCUUUGAGGAUAAGUUGCUGAUGAGUGAUAUCGUCUUCAUGCGAACUUGGUAUCCUGUCUCUGUCCCAGCCUUCUAUAACCCAGUAACAUCUUUGUUGAAGCCAGUGGGUGAGAAAGACACCUGGUCAGGAAUGCGGACAACAGGUCAACUCAGGCUCGCUCAUGGUAUCAAACUAAAGCCAAGCAAGGACUCUCUCUACAAGCCAGUCCUGAGGCAAAAGAAACAUUUUAAUUCACUGCACAUUCCAAAAGCCUUACAAAAGGCCCUGCCAUUUAAGAAUAAGCCCAAGACCCAAGCAAAGGCAGGCAAGGUGCCAAAGGACAGGAUGAGACCAGCAGUUAUACGCGAGCCUCAUGAGAGGAAGAUCCUUGCACUGCUGGAUGCUUUGAGCACAGUGCACAGCCAGAAGAUGAAGAAGGCUAAGGAACAGCGGCAUCUGCACAAUAAAGAGCACGUCAAAUUGAAGCAGAAGGAAGAGGAGGAGAAGCUGAAGCGACAGAAGGACCUAAGGAAGAAGCUUUUCCGAAUUCAGGGUCAGAAGGAAAGAAGAAAUCAGAAGUCUAGUCUGAAGGGGGCUGAGAGCAAUUGAAGUGACAUUUCAGAAUGGAUAGACCAUCUUUUGGAUCUAUACAGGUGGAUGGUUUCAGAUAUUAUAGUGCUUGUAAAUAACAAGAGACAGGAACCCAAGAGAGAAUUCCUAGUUGAAUACAUCACCCAGACUGUGCCUUUAAUAGGAGAAGUGAAGAAGACUGUGCUGGUAGGGCAUGUGUACCCUCUUAGCAUCCAGUUAUAUAAAGAUUUAAAGCACUGUAACUUAUUGGCAUGUGAACUCUUUCUUAUAUCUGUCUCAAUUUAAUUAUUUUGUGCUACAGAAAAUAUUAAAAUAAUUUUGUGUUAA